AUGGCGGACGGCCGUAAAAUUAUUAUUAGCGAACUUUUAUGGUUUUUCAACCGUUAUAGCGAUAAAUUUAAUGAUAAUGAUAAAUUUAAGAGUUCCGUUAUAAGUUUUUAUACCGCAGCUGAAUUUCAAGAUGCUCACAAAGUUUUACUUUAUGAACUUGAGACUUUAAAGAAAGAAAAGGUCAAACUAUCUUCCAAAGAUAACACAAGAACAGAAAAAGCAAAUGACAUAAUUGAAAUGUUCAACCUGACGUCUUCGGAAAAAAUCAGAGAUAAUUUGCCGUUGUUUGCUGUUAUUGUAAUUGAACGUCUGCCCAAUGAUAGUUGUCAAUUUGACUCUAUAAGCUUAGUUGAUAAAUUUUCUAAAAUUGAAAAAAUAAUAGAUGACAAUAAUAAUAUAUGCAAAAAAAUAUGGUCUAGCUCUUUAAAAAAUAACAAUAAUAAUAUGGUUACAAAUAAUAGCCAUAGGUAUGCAAGUAGUGUGAAAUUUGGCACUUCAAAGUCUAACUCUACACAGCCCUCAAAACCACCCAGUUCAGCAAUAACCACUGAAUGGGGCUCUAAGACUAACUUAAUAAAUGAUGAUAAUUUCAACAAGAAACCUGCUAAAAACAAUAAUACAAAUGAUGAUAAUAUAAAAAUUAACUCACAGUCAGAUGACAGUGAUAAUGAUUUUAAAACUGUUGUUAAUAAAAACAAAAAAAGAAAACUAACCAAUAUGUACACCACAGCAGUAAAAAGUAAUAUCAGAAAAUGUUCAGGCAAAUCAAAACUUGAUUUGGGGUUUGCAGCUAAUGAUCCCCCAGUCAAAAAAUCCAUUCUUUAUGUGGGCAAUCUCACUUUCUGUAAGACUGAAGGUACAAUUUUAGGCAUAUAUCGACCUCCUGCUUCUUCCUUCGAUGCUUUUUUAAGACAUCUGGAAUGUAUUUUGGAUAGGCUUAAACCUACAACGGAUAUUUACCUUGUUGGUGACAUCAAUGUUUACCUAUCUAAAUGCACUACUCAAACUGGUAUUCUUUUAUCUGAUUUUUCGGACCAUUAUCCAAUAUUUUCAUUCUUCAAUAGCACAAUUUGUCCUCUCAGCCACCUGGUAUCUUAG